AUCAUUUUGUCAACAACAGAAUUUAACAAAUAAUUUACCUGGACAAUUAAAUCACAAGAGAUGCCGGCUCACUGCGCUGUGGUAAAUUGCAGCCAUAAAUAUGUGCACGCCGGCAGCAUAUCCUUCCACAGAUUCCCCUUUAAACGAAAAGAUCUCCUCCAGAAGUGGAAGGACUUCACCCAGAGGAGUGGUCAGUGGAUGCCAUCCAAAUGGAGUGCGUUGUGCAGUCGUCACUUUGUCGAUGAGGACUUCAAUUGCAGUAACAACAGGAAAACACUUAAAAAGAGUGCUGUGCCCUCGGUUAGAGUUCAAGAAGAGGACUCCCUUAAUGUCCAUAUGGAAAGGGUGUCCCCUAGUGCUAGGCUAACCCACAAACAAACCCUCGCCAGUGCCGCUGAGCCACCGGCAACAGGUGUUAAAGCUACAUGUCGCUUUUGUGGCUCCUCCUCAAACAAUUGUUCCUCGUUCGACAAGAGUUUUGAGCUUUUUGGGAUGAUCCAGAAGUGCUUUCCCACGCUCCAGAUCCUGCAGGACGACACCUUGCCCAAGGAUAUAUGCAAGGAGUGCUGCCUUCUGCUGGAGCGCUUUUCCCAAUUCAUUGAUGUGGUGAUGAUGGCCCAAAGUGAAUUGCAGAGGAACUAUCGCCGCCAGUUAAAGAUCAAACAGGAACCUCUUGUCCGUGUCAAACAGGAGGCUUGCGAGAAUCUGGACAACCUGUUUCCCGACGAAAUGGACAUGGGCUUGGAGCAGGACGAGGGUUGCGAUCAGGAGGAAACGGAGCAAAAGUUUCAGUUCUGCGAUUUUCCCAUGCUUAAUUCCCAAGACAUUAUCAACAAUUGUGAUAUCAUGGAGAUCAUUAAUCUGGAUGAUCCCUUCAUAAACAUUCCGGACGAUACGGAUGUUGGGCAGUCGGAGAGAACCCAACCCGGAAGGACGGCUAAUGAAAUGCUGCAAAAUGAACUCUUGACCGAGGAGCACAAUUAUGCCAAAGAGGAAUGGCAACUGCCGCCGCUUCAGUACAAAACUGAGAAGGUGGAGGGAGCGGAGACUGCUUCAGAUAUAGCUCCUCCACCUGCUGAUCCUCCACUGCUUCACGAGCGUAUACCUCCUCUAACCGCUCCCGAACCCCGAUCCUGCAAACCCAUUGUGACCAACGUGAGCCAGAUACCAAAUCCUUUGCUCUGCGAACUGCUGCCACCGCCUGCUCCUCCCACUUCGGUCAAACCGAACAUUGUGGUACUAAACGAUAGUGUGGUCGAAUCCUCAGCGGCCUUUCGGCUGCACAACUGCACCUUGUGCACUGCUAAAUUUAUAACAAUAGAUAGUUUAAAUCAACAUUAUACCCACAGCCACAGUAAUAUUACUCCUAUGGUAAGUCUUCCUCCAAUGAAUAUUAGCUUGCCCAGCUUGCCAAUGAAUCCUCCCAUGAAAAUGGAAGGCUGUAGGGGAUUUGUGGCAACUGAACAAUUGGAUUACUGGCAGCCAGGAUGGCAAAAUAGUCCUAUUUCCACGCAGCCCAGGAAAAAGAUUGAUAUACUGGACAUGCAGAGCAGUUUCAUGCAUCAUAAGGAUCUCAUCUGCACAACUACUCAACUGACAGCACCUGUUCCUGAUCCUCAGCUUGAUGUAGCGACGGCUAACUACGCUAAACUGGCUGCUAGAUAUCGCAAAUUGCAAUUGAAAUGCCAAAAGAUGAAAAUUCCUAGGAAAAAGCAUAGAAAAUACUACAGUUGUCGGAUGUGCAGGAAGAAAUUUUCCAGUUUAAGAAAGUUAUACCACCAUCGUCGAACAGAAGCACACUUCGUCAAGUUAAUACCUAAUUUUUCCGCUCGUUGUUGUGGUUGCUUGAAAUUAUUUCGAUCCCGCUUGGGACUUCGGCAGCAUAUGCGUUACAUUUGUCAAUCCUUGCCACUGAGAAAUCAUCGUCGAAUUCAGAGCUUCAAGUGCCGCCACUGUCAGGCCAUCGCCUUUGCCCACUGGCGCCUGUAUCGCCGUCAUGAGAACAAUUGCAGACCCAGAAAGUCCAAAAUGAAGGUCCAGAUGUCAUCGAAUUUAAAAAAGAAAGUAGCGCCCGCUCAGAUUUUUGUAUGCAAUAUUUGUAAAAAGUCAUUUGGAUCGCUGAAUGGACUCCGCCAGCAUAAUAUCACCCACUCGACGGAGAGGCAACACAAGUGCGGCAUCUGCGAGCGGGUAUUCAAGCGACGCAACGGACUAUCCCAACACAUUAAGGGCUACCACCUGCAGCUCAAGCCGCACGAGUGUCCUGUUUGCCAGCAUCGCUAUGCCCUGAAAUGUGAUAUGCUGAGAUGCAGACAUUCCCUUCGAAAAGGGCCGACCGCCGGAGAGUAGGGGGAAGACUAGGACAAAUGGGCAAAGAAAAGGCAUCCCUAGUAGCAAAAAUGUUUGCUCAACUGCUGUGGUCUUUAAACUCUGGAUCUUCAUGUCAGCACAAGCAUAAGGUCUCCAUGGGGUACUUACUUGGAGGUCUCCCACUAUAGCCCCAAAGGUGAUAACGAGUUCACAGCGGGAAGAACACCGGGGCUUACCAAGGGCACUGAUGAUUAAGUUAAUCCGUGUAUUAACACAUCGGAAUAGCGCUUGACUAAUCAGGAACAAGGU